UUAUUUUAACUGAUAGUAAAAUGGGAUUACAAUAGCAAAUACAAAAAUGUGGGUGAAAAAUGAACAUGUUAACAUAUUAUUUCUCUCACCAUUUUCAGGGUUUCCAAAGGUUAUUGGCAUCAUUGAUGGUACACAAAUUAAGAUAAAGGGUCCAAAAGAAAAUGAAACUGACUUUGUGAACCGCAAAGGUUAUCAUUCAAUUAAUGUACAGAUGGUUUGUGAUGCUAGAUUCAGAAUUACUAACGUGGUGGCAAAGUGGCCUGGAAGUGUUCACGACAGCCGUAUUUUUAGGGAAUCUGAACUGUGCAGGAAAUUUGAGAAUGGGGAGAUAAACGGGCUUCUACUUGGCGACUCAGGGUAUCCAUGUCGACCAUACCUGAUGACGCCUUACCUAAACACACAAACAGCCGCUCAAGAGAGAUACAAUAUAGCAUUAACAAAAACAAGAGUGCUUAUUGAACAGACUUUUGGUGUGUUGAAAAGAAGGUUCCCUUGCCUAUCAUAUGGCCUGAGAACCGAAACUACGAGUGCGCCUCAAGUUACUGUGGCUUGUGUUGUGUUACAUAACUUUGGGAUGGAUAGAGGAGAUAUUUUAGAAAGAAUGGUAGACGAGCCUUUUGAGCCGCCCGAAGCUGAAGUAGACAUAAACCAGGCUGGGGCCCGUUGUAGGGAUGUAUUUGCAGCAACACAUUUUGCUUAAUGCCUAAAAACUCAUUUGCUUCCAGUAACAUGCUCAAAAAAAGUUAGGUAGGUAGGUAGGAAUUUUUUAUUUUAAUUUUUUUUAUUAAGGGAGACUUUUCUGAUAUUAUUUUUGUGUCAAAAAUGAAUACAAAUAAGGUUAUGCAUUUUGAGCAUAAGUAGUUGAAUUUUAACAUCACUGACCAUGUUUAAAGCUUAAAAAGAGCAGUUUUGCAUCUUUUUUUCGAAAAUUUGAAAAAAUUAUUCUCCAAGGCCAAAAAACAUUUAGGGUCGGGCCAAAAGAUUUGUGUAGGUUGGGAUACUGGAAACAAACACUUUUUUAUGCCUUAUAACAAAACACAUCACAUAUCUAUCAAAUUUUAUUUAAUGUUAAGGUAAUUAUGCAUGUUGUCUGUGCUGCAAUUUUUAACAGUGGCAUGCAGGUUUAGGUCUUCAUGCUAGAAGGAAUUUGACAUUUAUGUUGGUGUCCCUAUGUACAUGCCAAAACAAGGCCUUUAGUUAACGAUAGAUGUCCAGUGUCCUUUUUGAGUAUAUCUGAUAAACUGCAGUAUUGUUAUUUAAUACACAUUUUAAUUUAGAUGCACCAACAUUAUUGAAAGUCUUUUAACCCGAUUUGACAGAUAACAAGAGCAAGAUAACAAGAGCACCGCCAUGCGGGUGCUGAUGCUCAUCUGAUUUUCUUGUAUAUUAUAAAAUAGAAAUAUUGUCCUACCCAUGGUUUUCAAAGUCCAAAAAGGGUCAUACUUCUUACAAAAAGCAGGAUGGAGCUAUGUGUCUUACUGUAAAGGGUCAAAAAGCAGGAUGGAGCUAUGUUUCUUGCUGUAAAGGGUCAGCUUAU